CCGCCUACUUUUCCCCCUCUUAGCGACACAGUGGCUAGCCUCGAGCACGGAGGUCCUACCUUGUCUUCCACAUUCCCUAACAUACGUUAGCUCCUCAGCAUCAAAUUCCAAGGGAUAGCGACGGAUUUUUGACGGGGAAGCAUGGCUCUCAAGGCCCGUAUACCCCCGCUGCUAGUGCUGCUGUUGUGUCUCGUGGCUUCGGCCGCAAGCCCGAGAUCCAAAAGGGCCGUCACGUCGGAGCAGCCUAAGAUGGUGACCGAUCAGGGUCACUUGAUUUUCCAAACGGGAAACAACUACAACAUCACGUUCAAGUCCGGACCGGGGGCAUGGGUCAACUUCCAGGACCCGCAGGACCCCAACGCUGUAGUGGACUCGUCCAGUCUCAUCAACAUGGUCAGACAACACGAUCAAGAUAUAGGAACAGUUCCAAGUGAUAUCUCGAACCAGCUGACCAAUCUGGGAAAUAGUGUAACUACGUUACGACAAGAUGUCACAAACUUGCAACAAAAUCAGGGUUCAACAGACGUAACUCAGCUGCAGUCAAGAUUGACAUCAUUGGAACAGACAGUACAACAAAUACAAGCGUCUGUGAAUACUCUGACAACUAAACUAACAGUGGACGAGUGUUUGAGUAACCCUUGUAGAAAUGGAGGCACCUGUAUGGACAUGUACAACGGCUUCCUGUGCUCAUGCCCAGAACAAUGGCAGGGAUCCACUUGUGAAACUGACUUCAAUGAAUGUCAGUACUGGCAAGGCACAUCGAAAGGCUGUCAAAAUGGUGCAACCUGCACCAACACCCCUGGUGGAUUUCAGUGUACCUGUACUGCAGAGUGGGGCGGUGCAUUGUGUAAUGUCCGUGUUAACGACUGUAGCAGUGGGUCUUCCCAGGACAUCUGUGGGCAUGGCACAUGUGUGGAUAUGGACAGGACACAACCUGGACAGCUUGCCUAUGACUGUAUCUGCGAUGAUGGUUGGAAGAAGAGCGAUGACCCCAACAGCCCAGCCUGUGUGAUUGACAUUGAUGAGUGCACAGAGAACAAUAUUCCACCCUGCUCCCAUGAUCCUCCUGUCCAGUGCAUCAACGUCCCUGGGACAUAUUAUUGUGGACAGUGCCCUGCUGGGUACACUGGCAAUGGGUAUGCCUGUGCUGACUUGAACGAGUGCCUGACCAACAACGGUGGCUGCUCUCAGGCACCUCUGGUGCAGUGCCUGAACACCCCAGGGUCCUUCUUCUGUGGCAACUGUCCUGCAGGUUAUACAGGAGACGGUAGAACCUGUACUAAUGUUGACAUCUGCAGUGUGAACAAUGGUGGCUGUCACCCUCUGGCUACCUGCACAUCCAACCCAGCCAGCGCUGGCAAUGUCAUGCGGCAGUGCCAAUGUCCUACUGGGUUCAUCGGCAGCGGGGUUGGUCCCCAGGGGUGCCGAGCACGCCCCAACCCCUGCAGGCCUAACCCCUGUCAGCACGGCAGGUGUCGGGUCAGGUCCAACAGGAAUACCAACAACGGAUAUCGCUGCAACUGCGAUCCUGGGUUUACGGGCACCAACUGUGACCAGAACAUUGACGAGUGUGCGAGCAACCCGUGCCAAAAUGGCGGCACUUGCAAUGACGGCGUGAAUGGCUACAGUUGCACGUGCACCAGUUCCUUUACUGGUCCCAACUGUGAACAGGCCCAACAAACAUGUGGAGGCAGUCUGUCAGGAGAGUCUGGAUCCUUCACGUUCCCACUCACACCAGGACAGAACUAUCCACAUGGGCUCAGCUGUGCAUGGGUUGUCACUACCACUCCUGGAAAGGUGCUGUAUGUUACCUUCCCAGAGUUCCAUCUUGAGCAAGCCACCAACUGUCAGUACGACUGGGUACAGAUCCACGACGGCGCGUCUGCGUCGGCGUACCAGAUCGGGAAGUACUGCGGCCAGACGGCGCCGGAUCCGAUCACCAGUACACACAACCAGCUGUACUUCUGGUUCCGCUCGGACCAGUCCGUUUCAGGAGACGGCUUCACUGUGGUGUGGCAGUCCCAGGACCCUGUUUGUGGAGGAGACCUUACUAGUGCUGAUCACGGGUCCAUCUCGUCCCCUGGUUACCCCGGUAACUACCCCAUCAACAGAGACUGUGUGUGGCGGAUACAGGUGUCGCUCGGCAACCAGAUUACUUUCGCUUUCGCACACUUCGCGCUGGAGCACCAUGAUACCUGUGCAUAUGAUUUUGUUGAGAUUCUGGAUGGCUUUACCGAGACUGACCCCUCCCUCGGGAAGUGGUGCAGCACCCCCGACACCCUCCCCACCCCCAUCACCACCCAGGGGCCGUUCGCUUACGUACGCUUCCAUUCGGACCAGAGUCUCACCGACUCUGGCUUCCUCAUGACAUACAAUGCUCAACAAAUUGGUGGAGGUUGCGGAGGGUUGUUCACAGAGGAUGAGGGCAUCAUGAUUUCUCCCAACUAUCCCAACGCCUACCCUCACAACCAGGAGUGUAUCUGGGUCAUCCGCGUGCCUGACACAGAGGUCAUCACGCUGACCUUCACAAACAUGGAUGUGGAGGCUCAUGGGAACUGUAUCUGGGACUAUGUGGAGGUAAGAGAUGGUGGGGAUGAGACAGCUCCAUUUGUCGGCAGAUACUGUAACCAGACCAUCCCAGCACCCUUCACUUCCACCACCAAUCAGCUGUUUGUCAAGUUCCGCUCGGAUGCCUCACAGACCGGGUCUGGGUUCAGGGCAACCUGGGCAGUCACUUGUGGUGGAGUCUUCACAGACCCAACAGGCACUCUGCUGUCCCCAUACUUCCCCAAUGCCUACCCACACGAGAAGGACUGUUACUACACCAUCAUGCAGCCCAUUGGAAACACCAUCACUGUCACCUUUGUUACAUUUGAUGUGGAGGACCAGAGCAACUGUCUCUAUGACUACCUGGAUGUGAGGGAUGGAGGUAGUGCUGACUCCCCCCGCCUGGCUCUGCUAUGUGGUACGGCCGUCCCCCCACCCGUUGUCUCCACACAGAACGUUAUGUGGCUCCACUUCCACACAGACGCCUCUGUGGCAAAUAACGGAUUCAGAGCAACAUACGACACAAACCAGGGUGGAUGUGGAGGUACCCUGAAUGAUGACACUGGUGCGUUCACAUCGCCUGGCCACCCGACCAACUACCCGCACGGCGCUCGCUGCGUCUGGUUCAUCGAAGUCGACCCCGGCAAGGUCGUGCGUUUGACCUUCCACACCUUCUCCCUGGAGAAUCACGCCAACUGUAACUACGACUAUGUGGAAGUGUAUGAUAACUCUACUUCCACUGGCACGGGAGGCCUCAUAGGAAGGUAUUGUGGCACAGCCACGCCCCCUGUGGUCACCAGUGCUGAGAACGUGAUGACCGUCAUUUUCCAAUCUGAUGUCAGCAUCGCCAGGGAAGGAUUCACAGCAUCCUAUGUGGCCUUGGAUGCAUCUCUAUUGUGUGGCAAUGCACUGACCACUUCAACUGGUAUCAUCGAAAGUCCGAACUAUCCGGGCAACUAUCCACACAACCGCGAAUGUGAGUGGACGAUCACCGUGCCGACUGGGCAACAGAUUCGGCUCAACUUUACCACCUUCAGCAUCGAGAAUCAUGCUAACUGCAACUAUGAUUACCUGGAAGUGAGAAAUGGUGGAUAUUCCACCUCCCCGCUGAUUGGCACAUACUGCGGCUCUACCAUCGACAACCCCAUCGUAUCCCAUAGCAAUCGCCUCUACCUGAAGUUUGUCACAGACUACUCACUCUCCGGACAAGGCUUCCAAGCAGAGUACGACGGCACAGCCACUGGCUGUGGAGGCACCCUGACCACCCCCACCGGUACUUUCAUCUCUCCCAACUACCCGCUGCCCUACGACCACCAGGGAGAGUGUUACUGGCAGAUCACUGUAGCUGAGGGGUCCGCCAUCUUGUUGACCUUCGUCGACUUUGACCUUGAGAGCCACAGCCGCUGUGUCUAUGACUACGUCAGAGUGUAUGAUGGCCCCGAUGUCCUGGCCCCCCUGAUGGUCAGCCUGUGUGGUACAAACAUCCCCCAGCCCAUCACCAGCUCUACUCACCAACUCACCAUCAAGUUCAGGGCAGACUACUCCGUAGCUGGGAGAGGUUUCCAGGCUGCCUACCACAGCUUGUGUGAUCGUACCAUCACUGGCCAGACCAGCGGAGCCAUAGCCAGCCCCAACUACCCAGAGCCGUACCCACACAACAGGGAGUGUACCUGGAUCAUCCAGACCACACUGGGAAAUGCCAUUAAUGUCUCCUUCACCAACUUUAACAUUGAAGACCACUCCUCUUGCAACUAUGACUACAUCCAGUUCCGUGAUGGCUCGGAUGCAAACUCCCCCGAGAUUGGUACAUACUGUGGCACCACCACACCUGCUGACCUUCGCUCCACUGACAACAGCCUGUGGAUCAAGUUCAAGUCUGAUGCCUCGGUCGCUCGCAACGGCUUCAGAUUCGAAUGGGUGAUGGACGGUUGUGGAGGCAACUUGAAUGGACCUACUGGUGUCCUGAGCAGUCCGAACUACCCCAACCCUUACGAUCACCGCCGCGAGUGCCUCUGGUACAUAACUGUGGACCCAGACAGCAGUAUACAGCUCACGCUGCAUGACUUUGAUGUGGAGAACCAUCCCAACUGUAACUACGAUGUGCUCGAGGUGUAUGGUGGCCCUGACCUGGACUCUCCCCAGCUUUCUAGGAUCUGUCAAAACAAUGACUUUGCUCAGGAAAUGCAACUGUCCAGCACAGGAAACGCCAUGGUGGUCAGAUUCGUGACUGACCAGUCUGUGAGUGGUCGUGGUUUCAACGCCUCAUACACUGCUGUCCAAGGGGGUUGUGGUGGGAACUUCUCUACCCCAAGUGGUAUGAUCCAGUCACCUAACUACCCCAAUGUGUACCCGCACAACUCUGACUGUACCUGGACCAUCACUGUCGAACAGGGAAAGAUCAUCGUCCUGACGUUCGACUCUUUCCUGAUCGAGUCACACUCCUCUUGUAGAUACGAUUUUGUGGCUAUAUACGAUGGCCCAGACCCCAGUAGGAAUGGUUCGCUGAUCGCUAAAGUGUGCGGCAGUACCAUGCCUGACCCCAACACCUUCCGUUCCACGGGCAACCAGAUGUACAUCAGGUUCAGUUCCGAUUCCAGCGUGGCUCGACGAGGCUUCCAUGCUACAUACACCACUGGCUGCGGUGGUCUUCUGAGUGCUGAUACUGAUGGACAGCUGACUUCUCCUAACUAUCCAAGCAACUAUGAGAGUAAUACAAACUGCAGCUGGAUCAUUUAUGCCAGUGGAUUAACUGAACAUGUGACCCUGACCUUCACCCACAUGGACACGGAGGACAACAACGGCGACUGUGGUGAUGAUUAUGUGAUGGUUCAUGAUGGAAACACACAGCAAGCUCCUAUGAUUGGUACAUAUUGUGGUACCCGUAUUCCCGCCCCCAUUACGUCGCUUGGCCAGUACUUGACAGUGACCUUCACCUCGGAUAACUCCAUCCAGAGGAGUGGGUUCAGUGCACUCUACACCAAGUCUAUCUCAUCCUGUGGAGGAAACCUUAUUGCAGAGCAUGGUGCAUUUAACAGUCCAGGGUACCCACAGAACUAUCCUAUCAACACGGAGUGUGUGUGGACCAUCACAGCAUCGCCUGGUAACAGGGUCCAAGUGUCAUUCAGCUUGUUUGACCUGGAAAACCACAACACCUGUACGUAUGAUUACAUCGAGAUCCGCGAGGGAACGGACGACAGCGGCGCGCUGCUGGGACGGUUCUGCGGACAGACGGUACCGGCAAACGUCACCACCGGUCACCAGCUGUGGAUCAAGUUCCGCUCCGACUACUCACUGACAGGCGCUGGCUUCAUGGCACAGUACAGCAUGUUGCACGGUGGUGAUCUGACUGGUCAAGCUGGACAGCUGGCCUCUCCACUCUACCCGCGCCAGUACCCCAACAACGUGGACUACAUCUGGACAAUCUCCGUUGGCUCGGGAAUGCGGGUCCGCGUGGACUUUGUUCAAAUGAACAUGGAGGGUUUCCCUGGUCUGCCGGGGAUACCAGUUACUUGUGCUUUUGAUUGGCUGGAGUUCCGAGAUGGUCCCAACCCCACCUCUCCACUGAUUGGAAACAGGCUGUGCAGCACUGUUCUUCCCUCGACUGUGUACAGCACCGGUAGUAUUGUCCGUGUGGCCUUCCACACCGACUACAGUGUCACAGGCACUGGUUUCCUGUUCACCUGGCUGGCUGAGCCUUAUGUUAGCCCUACUGGUCAACCUGCUACCAUUGCACCAGGGGUGUGUGGCGGUGAUGUAAUAGCCGGCAGCUCCCCCCUCCCACUGGUCUCGCCUGGUUGGCCCAACGGCUACGACCACAACCUGGACUGCACCUGGACGAUCCGCUCGCCAGCCGGCACUCACGUCCGCCUCACCUUCACUGGAAUGAGCCUCGAGGCCCAUGGAACCUGUAACUACGAUGCUGUCACUGUUAUAGAUGGUGAUAACCCCCAGCCCCCUAAAGGUGAGACCAUCAACGACUCCCAACUCGGAAAGUUCUGCGGCCGACCCAACCCACUCCCUGGCCCGCUGGAUUCCUCCCUCAAUGCCAUGGUCGUUCGCUUCACCUCCGACUAUUCAGUUAACAGCACCGGAUUCUCUGCGACAUAUCAAGCUGCGUGUGGCACUGCCAUCAAUGCCGACAGUGGUGCGUUCAUGAGCCCCAACUUCCCUGGCAACUACCCUAACAACCUGGACUGUGGCUGGCCAAUCACUGUGUCCAGCGGUAUGACAAUCAGCCUCACAUUCGACAACACAUUCAACAUCCAAGGAAGUGCUGGGAACUGCGGUGGAGACUAUCUGAUGCUGCUAAACGGAGACCAAGCAGACUCCCCACCACUCCUUCCACCCGGUAACAGCGGAGACGGUAAAUACUGCGGCAGCUCCGCACCAACCAACCUCCCUCAGACCGGCAGCAACCGGCUCUACGCUCGCUUCGUGUCGGACGGAAGUGGAUCGUCCUCUGGUUUCAAGGUCAACUUCCAAGCUCAAGGACAGGCUUGUGGAGGCAGUUUGACUCUCACCAACUCAGUAACAGAAGGGUUCAUCAUGUCCCCUGGUUACCCGGGCAACUACCCUGUCAACAUCGACUGUUUCUGGACCAUCACCGCUCCGUCAGCCAUUCAACUGGACUUUGUGGAGACGUUCUACAUCGAACCUCAUCCAAAUUGCCAGUAUGAUUUCGUACAAGUGUUUGAGGGAGACGCCCUUACCUCGCCUUCCCUGGGGACGUUCUGUGGAACCACCCUUCCCCAGACAGUGCGUACGGUCGGCAACACCAUGAUGGUUCACUUCCGCACGGACACCAGUGUGCAGCAUGCUGGGUUCAAGGCCAAGUACAGCAUUGCCACUUGUGGUGGACGCCUGACCGGUGACUCAGGAACAAUCACGAGCCCCGCCUACCCCAGUAACUACGCAAACAACCUGGACUGUGAGUGGCUCCUGCAGGGCCCCACCGGUCACUACGUCACCUUCACGUUCGCUGACCAGUUCAACGUCCAGGGCUCGUCAGGAAACUGUGGAAGCCAGGACUAUCUGGAGAUCAGGGAUGGCAUCAACUCAACUGCUCCCGCCCUUGGUCAGUACUGUGGUUCCAGUGCUCCGGCCAGUGUGGACACCUCGGACAGCUACGCAUACAUCAGGUUCCGCACGGAUGGCAGCGGUCAGGCACCUGGCUUCAGUAUGACAUGGCAGGCUAGUGUGGAAUCCUGUGGUGGCCAGCUGACCACGCCCACUGGUACGUUUACCUCGCCCAACUUCCCGGGACAGUACCCGCACUCCCGCCGCUGCCUCUGGCAGAUCACGGUACCGCAGGGACGGCGAAUCACGCUGACCUUCAACGCUUUCAACAUCGAGAACCACAGCAGCUGCAGAUAUGACUACAUCGCUGUUUACAAUGGCGUCACCCCCAGCUCCCCCUUCAUGACCAGACUGUGUGGUGAGACCCCUCCCACCCCUGUGGAGUCCACCGGGAACACCAUGACUGUGGUCUUCCAAACGGACGGCUCCGUCAGCAACGGAGGCUUCAGCGCCACUUACUCCUCCAACCAGCUUGCAACUUGUGGUGGGAUCCUGAGCGGUCCUCCCGGAGGCGGCACCAUCACUUCUCCUAACUAUGGCAACGGUAACUAUAGCAACAGCCAGGAGUGCAUCUGGACCAUCAACAACCCCAACCCCAUCAACUCCUCCGUGGUGCUGCAGUUUACUGACUUUGAGCUGGAGACGCACGGAAGUUGUCAGUACGACUUCCUCGAGAUACGUGCAGGUGGAGAUAUGAAUAGUUUCCUCCUGAGUCGCCUGUGUGGUGCAGACACCCCUCCCACCAUCGCCGUGCCCACUAACCAAGUCUGGAUCCAGUUUGUGUCUGACUUCUCAAUAGUCCAUCCUGGCUUCAGUCUCACCUACAGCUUCUCUACCUGUGGUGGUGUUUUGGAUGGCACCAGUGGCACUAUAACCAGCCCCAACUAUCCCAACAACUACGACCACAACGACUUCUGUACAUGGCUCAUCAGGGCUCCAGAAGGACAGACUAUAUCGAUUACAUUCACAGACUUUGCAAUGGAGAACCAUCCCAACUGUGACUUUGACUACCUAACGAUCUACAACGGUGCCAGCGUCACUUCCCCGCAGAUUGGUAGAUACUGCGGAACGGCAAGCCCGCGAUCUUUCACGUCUGGAAGCAGGUAUUUGUUGCUGUACUUCCAGACGGACGUCAGCGCAUCAGCCAGGGGCUUCAGGGCUACCUACACUACGGAUGGUUUGGGAUGUGGAGGUAUCCUCCAUGGCAACACUGGAACCCUCAUGAGUCCCAACUACCCCCAGAACUACCCUCACAACCUGGAGUGUGAGUGGACCAUCAAUGUGGACCCCGGCUACCACGUGUCGCUCAACUUUGAUCCCAACUUCUUCAUCGAAGCUCACAGCGCCUGUGUCUAUGACUACGUCAUGAUUCGAGAUGGCGAGAACGAGAACGGUGACGAUCUCGGUACUUUCUGCGCCAACAACGUCCCGCCACCCGUCCAGUCCACCAGUAACGUCAUGUUCGUGAAGUUCCGCUCGGACUACAGCAGCAGCGGCAUGGGAUUCUCCGCCAACUGGACAGUCGGUUGUGGAGCCACCUUGACAGCUGACUCCGGGUCCAUCAUGUCCCCUGGCUAUCCCACCCAGUAUGACAACAACCUGGACUGUAACUACACCAUCGCACCUUCCGACUCACAGCGAUUCAUCGUCCUGGAGUUUGACACAAAUGUAUUCCAGAUCGAACAGGGCACCAACUGCCGUUGGGACUACGUGUCAGUCAACGAAGGCACCGCAGACAGCCCGGGACAACAGCUGGGUCGUUACUGUGGCGACGACCCGCCCAGCGCACACAGCACCCUGGGUACCAUGUUUGUCCGCUUCUUCACUGACCAGUCUGUGUUGGGCCAAGGCUUCAGGGCAACAUAUACAGUAUCAGAGUGUGGCGGCAGGUUUACAGACCCAUCAGGAGUUAUCGCCAGCCCCACCCACCCUGCAGAGUACCAUAACAACCUGAACUGUACCUACAUCAUGACUGUGGCCGACAACAGGAUCGUGGAACUCAAGUUCUCUCUGUUUGACCUUGAGGCUCACUCCCAGUGUAACUACGACUACCUGGAAGUGCGUGACGGACCCAGCUUUGAUUCCCCGCUGCUCGCCAAGCUUUGUGGUGGCGAGAUUCCCGACACAAUAAGGUCUAGUGGGAACGCCAUGUUCGUGUCAUUCGUCACCGACUACUCCGUAACCGCUGACGGGUUCAGGGCGGUGUAUCGUGAAACCUUUGGCCCAGCCCAAGGCUGCGGUGGAUCUUUGAUAGCCGACAGUGGGACGAUCCAGCCAGUGGACAUCGACAACAACGGUCAGUACGAGAACAACCAGGACUGCACCUGGACAGUCACUGCGGCCGACACCAAAGUCAUCAGCCUCAGCUUCGACUCUUUCGCUCUGGAGGCAGAGAGCCAGUGCAGAUAUGACUACCUACAGAUAAGAGAUGGCCCCAGUGAGCAGGACCCACUGAUUGGUACAUACUGUGGUAGCACCAUCCCGCCUACCUUCAACACUUCCACAAACUUCCUCUGGAUCCGCUUCUACUCCGACCAGAGUGUCACCAACACUGGCUUCGUGGCCAGAUGGCAAGCUGUGGACUCACAAUGUGGAGGGACGUUCAAUGCCACCAGCACCCCUCAAACUCUGACAUCUCCCAACUAUCCCGGCAACUACCCUCACAACCUGAACUGCCGCUGGACCAUCCAGGCGCCAGGUCCCGCCCAGAGGCUCCGGAUCAAGAUCACGGACAUGCAGAUCGAGGCUCAUCCCAACUGUCAGUACGACUACCUGCAGCUGAGGGACUACCCCAUGGAUUCGCAGGGAAAAUCGUUGAAGUUCUGCGACAGCCAAACAAUCGAGUUUGACUCGGUAAAGCCCACCGUACAGAUAAACAUGAGGACGGAUUCGUCCACUGAUACGGUGGGCAGGGGAUUCAAAGGAACUUUUGAAAUAGCCUCUUGUAGUCGCAACAUCACGGCAGAUAACGGCCGAUUGGUCAGCCCUGGUUGGCCAGACAACUAUCCGCACAACUCGGACUGCCGCACCAUCCUGAGGAACCCGGGCAGAUACAUCGCCGUGUACUUCAACGAGUUCUACAUUGAGCCGCACGCCAACUGCAAUUACGACUACCUAGCAUUCUACAAUGGCACGUCGACGUCAGACACACAGCUGGCUAAGUACUGCGGACAGACGAUCCCUGACCCCAUCUUCCCACAAAGCGAUGUCAUCCUGAUGCAGUUUGUCACCGACUCCUCCGUGUCUCACGCUGGCUACGAUCUCACCUUCUCUACUUCAAGAGUAUCCAGUGGUUGUGGAGGAAACUUGAUGGCCACCCAGGGCAGCUUCACCAGUCCAGACUACCCCCAGCCAUACAACCACCAGCAGACCUGCAACUGGCUCAUCAGAGUUGCGGCCGGGCGCGUCAUCACGCUGGUGUGGGACGUGUUUGAGCUGGAGAGCGAGGCCAACUGUAACUACGACUACGUGGAACUUUACAACGGGGCGAACGCACAGGCUCCGCUAGUGGGGAGAUACUGUGGCAAUACAAACCCAGCAGAUUACACGUCUACCACAAAUAUGCUAUAUAUCCGCUUCCGGGCCGACCAGUCCGUCAAUGGAGCUGGCUUCAGAAUCACCUACUCUUCGUAGUGCUGUGCAAUCUGUGUGGAGGGGAAAUGAGGUUACUUCAGACGUUGUUAAAAAAAAUCACCUGACUUUGCCACAAGCCACUGUGUUAUAAACUGCAGUACCUCACCACAGAAGACAUUCAACAGAGCCGAUUCCUUCUAACCAAAUACAUUCCUUGUGACACCUUUUUCCAGCAUUCUAUGACAUUUACGUUCUAUGUUUAAUAGAAGACUAUGCACUAUAGGAAGACCACAUGUAUAUCAGCACAUUGUGAGCUGUUAGUUAGUUAGCUAGUAGGUCAAAGUAGGCUAAAUUGGUCAUUUCCUCCUCUGAUGUGACAACUGCUUUCAAAUUUUUUUUAUUGCAAAUCAAAACAAGAAUAUCUGUGAUAAAUAUGAAGAUGUGGAAUGUUCAAUAAGAUGUUUAGAGAUAAGAUGAGAUCAUAACAGCUUUGUGUGUAUUCAUAUAUUUCACAUAAGUCUACCAGUACUGCCGUAUACAAUGCACACUGUGUAAUGCAUUAAAUACACCCUACAAAAUGCUUAAGAGAUGCAGGUAUAUAUUUCUUUGACAAAAUAUCAUCUUAGAUCUGUAGCAUAAGCUUGCUUUCCUUGCUGAUUUUGGAAAAGUGAAAAUUGAAUUUGCUGCCCAGUACCAAAUGUGUAAGUGCAGAACGUAAUAACAGAUUUAUUGCUAAAGCCAACAAGCUACCCACGUUAAGUAGUGGAUAGUAAGAUUUUAGCUAUGCCCUAUUUGCCAGAGGGUAGCCAUUAUACACAACUGUUCCUGGUUAGUUGUUAAGCUAUCAUGAUGUCUUCCAUAACUACACUUGUAUAUCUGCCUAACUCAAGGCUCUGCUUAUGCUACCAGUACAUUUGGUUAUGCACAGGUCAAGUUCUUACUACAAAUAGUAUUAGCAUCUUAUGUGCAUGUAUGCAUAUGGGUCCUGUUGGUUUUGCUUACAACCACAGCAAGAAGCAACGAGAAUGCAGUUUGCUCUUCUACAU